ACAUCAUCAAGAGUUUGUCACCUAAAGCGGAUACUCUAAACAUUAGUGUGGCAGAAAUUGCUUAAACAUUUAAUACAUCACAAGAGUAAAACUGACUCUGACUGUAGGUGACGUGUCUGAAUGCAAGAAAGAUUCAUAAUGAGGAUUGAGUUUGAAAUGUCCAACACAGAGAGUUGUAGUGGGCGGUAGGUGUUUGGAGCAACUUUCUGAGAUGUUUCAGAGUCUUUCCUUCAUGUAAGAAGCCAUGUUGAAGAUUCACCACAUGGAGAAAUUGUGAAAAAAAAAUGUAUGCAAAGUGAUGUCAUACAAUUGCAGUUUAUGGUGACCACCUCUUCAAGCUUCAAAAGAAUGCAAACAUGUCUGAAGAGUUUGUAGUUGAAGUAUUGAUGCAUUUCUAUGCCCAGCCUUAUUUUAUUUUUUAACGGAGUACUCAGAAAUCAAACAGAAACAUAGAGGAGGCUACAGGCAGCCACAGUCACAUCGUGUCCUAAUCUGAUGGCAAACGACGUGCAAUAAAAGACAUCAAUAAGAUUGCAACAGCAUAGCUUGAAUGGAGGAUAUUAUGCCUGCGUGGCUGUCCAAUCAGAUUUCCUGAACUGGCCCAGGGGCCCUUCUGUUGGACCAAUCAUGAUGAGAGAAUCACAAGAUGAGUCCCAAACCAGUGGCAUCAGAGAAAGUUCUGCUAGCACGGUACCCAAUGGUGUCUCCGGAGGCAAGCUAAAAACUCUGAAUCUGCUGCAUGGCUUACGCUUGUGUCAGGAUGCCUGGGCACCCACGAGCCCCUGGGAUAGACAUGGGGCGCACACCGCUCUAUGGGGCAGACCUGCAGGGAGUUUCUUGGUGGUCCAGGGUUCUUCCUCCGAAGACCAGCUGCUGUGCGUGUCUGUUGAGGAUGAUGGUGAGCCAGUCAAAGACUUCACAAUCUUUGCCACUGGAGCAGCUGUUCGGCUGACAUCAUCUCACCUGGUGUUCCCAGAUCUCUUUCAACUGCUGAGUUUCUACACUCUGAGCAGGGAUGUGUUACCUGUCUGUUUACUGGUUCCAUCAUGGGUUUACACCCUUAACAGUUUACCAGACAAUCUCGUCCUUCCACCUGGUCCAAAAGCUUGGCUGUGUUCGUCCUCAGAUCCACAGGUCAGCAGUAUGACUCCAGGAACACCAGGCGCAGAGAAAAUGUCAGAAACUGUCAUGUGCACUAUACAGCUUACAGCCACCAGUGGUGCACUGUGCUUCAUCAAUCCUUUGUACCUGCAUGAGCAUGGCGAUGAUUGGCUGACUCAUUCUUCAACCAGCCCACAUCUUGCCAGUCGUCCCGUCAGCUUGAGGCGGGAGAGGCGAUUAAGCACCACAAGAGCAUGGGAUGGGAGGGGACUAAAACAGAGGCCAACCUCCCUAGGCGAGGAGAACUCCAGCAGUUUUGACCGUGACAGAGGAUCAUUUGAGGAGAGUCCCGGGUCUCCAGCUUCCCCAGGUGGAGUUGUGCUUCGCAGAGGAAGUUGUUCCAGCCAACAAGACCCCCUCAGAAGGGCAAGUGCAGACUCCAUCCACAGCCCUCUUCUUCAGUCACCACAUCGUGUGUCAUGGAUAGAGGACAAGAUAUGGCUGAACGCACCAGCUCCUACCUCUCUGCUUCACCCACCCUGCUUAGAGCUGGACUCUCUGUCAGUUAGUAGUAUGGAGGAGGAGCCUGAACCAGCCAUGAGCCCUUCCCCAUCCCAACACCUGUCACGCCUCCCUUUGGCAGAUAAGGUGAAGAACCGGCUCUCGGCAGUGGGUCAUGCUCUGGGUGGUCUUGUGUCGCCACAGCGACGACUGGAUAAACGUGUUCAUGAGAUGGCGGAACGUAAGGGUGGGGCUUUUGCAGAGGCUGUCAGGGGAUUUGUAGAGCAAACUCUUGCAGGUGGGACCACUCCUGGGGUGACCUGCACUGAGAUGCUACAAGAAGUGCGUUCAUCUCUUACUGCUCUAAGGGAAACCCUGUUUGAUUACCCAGAGAUCCAAAGCAUCACAGACAGCCUCGGAGAUACACCUGAUUUUGAACUUGAUGCUAUGUUGGAGCUUGCCCUACAUAAAGUAGCUCUGAAGCCAGUUUACGCUCAUCUGUACGUGUGUCUAAAGACAGCGCGCAGGGAUGAUGGCACUCUGCAGCGUUUAGAGGCCAACAAAAGCAUGCUGGAGAAGCGCAGCCUGGAGGAACUGGAGGGUGCAGCAGGUGCCGGGGUACCUGAUGCUAUCAUGAUGGAGAAGAUCCAGCAGCGCUGGACCGUGAUUCAUGAGACCUACUCACCCAGUAAAAAAGUUUACACCCUGCUCAAAGUCUGCAAGAAUAUCUACCAUAGCAUUAAUGCUAAUGCUAAACCUGGUGUGGUUUUCGGGGCAGAUGACUUCCUGCCGUGCCUGACGUGGGUAUUGCUGCGUAGUGAUGUAGCUACACUGCAGAUUGACACUGACUACAUGAUGGAGCUGCUGGACCCCACACAACUACAAGGAGAGGGUGGGUACUACCUUACAUCUCUCUAUGCUGCCCUUUUUUACAUCAGCAGUUUCAGGCCUCGUCUAGCAAAGCGGCAACUCAGUGCAGAAGCACAAAAGUCUCUCAGUCAAUGGCAUCGCAGACGCACUCUCCACUGUAACCAAUCACGUGGCAGCAAAAAUCGCAGGACCAUACGGAGGCAUGGGCCAGCAAAGUCAGACUGUGCCGAAUCACAGGAAGAGAAAUCUUUGAAUGAGAGCACAAAUUCCGGCACGCCAGUCACCUCUAGUAUGCAGGAAACACUGCAGUGUUUAGAUGAAGAGUUAGAGGUUGUAAAGGAGGAAGAAGAGGGCAGCUCAGAUGAGGAACAAAUACAAUUACUUGAGGCAUUGUACCUCACCAAUCCUAAAACAGAUGAUGAUGGGAGAGGUGCUGGGGUGAGCUGGAAAGAAGACGACUGAAAAUAACUGCAUUCUGAGAGAAUUAGCAAACAUUAUCAAAGAACUUACCUCUCUCUGGUCUGGACUUAAUUAUAAGUGAAGCUGGCUAAGGAGUUUUGCGUUCCUUAAACAUUUAAAAACCGUGUCUUGCAUACUAACAUUAAUGUUUAAAAACUGAUUUAACAUAAUGCACACAAAAGCACAGAGUACUCUGUCAUAAUUAAUGUGUACUAUACAGCCUCUGUCAUUUUCAUUGUAGCCACUAGGAAGAACUAUUGUACAUGUUUGUCUAUACAUUUAUUACCAAGAACAUCAAAGGUUUUGUUUAACAUAACAGAAGGGUUCUUAUACCAUUGUUGUAGUUUGUUUUAGAAAAGGUUGAUUUUUAUUAUUAUUAUUAUUAUUAUUAUUAUUUAUAUCCACAGUGUAUUGUAAUUUAAAUGCUGGAGUUUUUUUUUGUUUUUGUUUUUUUAAGACAGCAGUAGACAGGUGCAUCUCAAAAAAUUUGAAUAUCGUGGAAAAGUUCAUUAUACAUAAAGUGAAAUAUUUCAAGCCUUUUUUUUUGUAAUCUUGAUGAUUACGGCUUACAGCUCAUGGAAAUCAAAAAUUCAGUAUCUCAGAAUAAAGAAUUUAUAAUAUAGAAAUGUCGACCUUCUGAAAAGUAUGUUAAUUUAUGCCCUCAAUACUUGGUCGGGGCUCUUUAUUCUUUAUUCCAAUAUUUUGAGAUACUGGAUUUUUGAUUUCCAUGAGCUGUAAGCCAUAAUCAUCAAGAAUACAACAAAAAAAGGCUUUAAAUAUUUCACUUUAUGUGUAAUGAAUCUAGAAUAUAUGAAAGUUCCACUUUUUGAAUUAAAUUAUGGAAAAAAUUAACUUCCACGAUAUUCACAUUUUUUUGUCAUGCAGCACAAAUCAUUUGUGAUGUCUCAUCUUUUUAUUGAACAGAUAGCUCUGGCUCGCACUUUCUGUACAUAUUAGUCAGCUUAGACUUAAUAUAUCAUGUGAAAGAUUAAAAUUAGAGGAUUGCAUGUAAUAAUUCACUUGCUUUUUUACACUGCCUCACAGCACAAACAAACUGUUUAAAUUAACUUGUAGUUUAUUGUAAAUGGUGUGCAUAACCACAUAAAAACAUUGUUAAUACAUG